GACUUUCUCUUAACUGAAGUACAAAUAUCAGACUAAAAUGUCGGCGAAAGAAGUUACUUACCAAGUGCUCAAAAAGGUUGAGGAUAUGCUAAGAAGUGUAUCCCCUCUGUAUCUAGUAUCUGGUACUGGGAUAUCAGUUUUACUUGUAAACUAUUGUAUCAGGAAUUUCAGUUUGGGAAAAUUGAUGAAAUUAACAAGAAAGCUACCAGGUAUCAGAGGACUGGUGGAUCAAGAAUUGGAAAAGAAUUUAACUUCUUUAAGGAUUGAUGUAGAGGCCCAGCUCAAAGGCAAAAAGUAUAUAACUAAACUACCAGACAAAGGCUGGAAAGAAGAGGAGAUUUUAGACGAAAUCCAGGAUUUGUUGGAUCUUGCAGACUUCAAGGUGGAGACUGGUGCACUCUCAGGUCUAUUUUAUAUCUUUUUAUCUCAAGGUGGAGACUGGUGCACUCUCAGGUCUAUUUUAUAUCUUUUUAUCUCUAGGUGGAGACUGGUACACUCUCAGGUCUAUUUUAUAUCUUUUUAUCUCAAGGUGGAGACUGGUGCACUCUCAGGAACCUGUCAUAAGCCUGAGGAGAGCAUUGUAAGAGUUAUAACACGUGCGUACAGUGCAACUGCGUAUACCAAUCCUCUCAAUCCUGACGCAUAUCCGGGAAUUAGAAAGAUGGAGGCAGAGGUUGUUCGUAUGACAGGAGAACUAUUCCAUGGAGGGGAAGAUAUGGUUGGAACUAUGACUUCAGGAGGAACUGAAUCAAUAAUUCUUGCUGUGCUAGCGUACAGGGGGUAUGCCAGAGAACGUAAAGGGAUAGAUAAACCAAACCUUGUGAUUCCUCAGACUGGCCAUGUUGGAUUUGACAAGGCUGGUCAUCUGCUCGGUGUGGAGGUCAGGCAUGUUCCGGUCAAUCCGGUCACCUUUAAACCAGACAUUAAAGAGUUUAGAAAGUAUAUAGACAGGAACACUGUAAUGCUGGUAGGAUCUGCACCCCAGUAUCCUCAUGGUAUCCUAGAUCCUAUCCUAGAGCUAGGAGAGCUGGGUCUAGAACUAGAUAUUCCGCUUCAUGUUGAUGCAUGUCUUGGAGGUUUUCUGAUUGUAUUUGCAGCAGAUGUUGGUUUAGAACUGGAGCCAUUUGAUUUCUCCGCUCCUGGAGUAACAAGUAUCUCUGCAGAUACUCAUAAGUUUGGAUAUGCUCCCAAGGUAUUUGUAUCUACUCCUGGAGUAACAAGUAUCUCUGCAGAUACUCAUAAGUUUGGAUAUGCUCCCAAGGUAUUUGUAUCUACUCCUGGAGUAACAAGUAUCUCUGCAGUUACUCAUAAGUUUCGAUAUGCUCCCAAGGUAUUUGUCUCUGCUCCUGGAGUAACAAGUAUCUCUGCAGAUACUCAAAAGUUUGGAUAUGCUCCCAAGGGUAGCAGUGUGAUCAUGUACAGUUCAAAGGAAUAUAUUCACUUCCAGUACUAUAUCCAACCAGAUUGGUCCGGGGGAAUAUUUGUUUCCCCAACUCUGGCAGGAUCUAGAUCAGGGGGAAUUAUUGCUGCAACAUGGGCAGCUCUUAUGCAUCAUGGGCAGGUAGGAUUUCAAGAUCAGGAUCAAGAUCAGAGUUCUGGAUGGUUAAUAUCUUGUAUGCAGUAUCCUACAGCUGUACAUCUUUAUGUAGUUCCAAGUCAUACUAAACCAGGGGUUGCUGAGAAGUUUAUCUCUGAUCUAAAAACCUGUGUGAGAAAGGUUCAGGAGAACCCAGAUAGGUUGACCGGGCGCGCUGCAGUUUAUGGGAUGGCGCAGAAGAUACCUGACCGAUCUCUGGUCGCUGAUCUUGGAGCUAACUUCUUAGAUAUUCUCUACUCUACUAAACCAGGAGUAUAGAAGGAUCUAGAAGCUAACUUCCUAGAUAUUCUCUACUCUACUAACUAGGAGUAUAGAAGAAUUCAGGAGCUAAGUUCCAUGAUAUUCUCUACUCUACUAAACCAGGAGUAUAGAAGGAUCUAGGAGCUAACUUCUUAGAUAUUCUCUACUCUACUAAACCAGGAGUAUAGAAGGAUCUAGAAGCUAGGUUCCAUGAUAUUCUCUACUCUACUAAACCAGGAGUAUAGAAGGAUCUUGGAGCUAACUUCUUAGAUAUUCUUUACUCUACUAAACCAGGAGUAUAGAAGAAUCUAGGAGCUAACUUCCUAGAUAUUCUCUACUCUACUAAACUAGGAGUAUAGAAGGAUCUUGGAGCUAACUUCCUAGAUAUUCUCUACUCUACUAAACUAGAAAUAUAAAGAAGAGUUACAUCAUAAAAAAUGCAUUUGAUGCUAAAUACUUAAUCGGAAAGAUAUUUGAUAUUGUAAGUUUUGACAUUUCUUUCUGAGUUGUUUUAUUAUUUUUUGUUGUUGUAAAAUAUUUAAAUGAAUUGUACAGUAAGUUAGAGAAAAAACCACAGAUAAAUAAAUAUUAGA